AUGGGGCUGAUGGGGGCAGCCAGGGGACUGUCCCUCCGAGCUGCCAACGGUGCCGGCUUCCCCGCCCGGGAGAGAUUCUGGAGGACACCCGGCUGCUCGGUGGUGGGCAGGGCCGUGCACGUGACCAGAGCAGCUGCUGGACGCACCUCCCUGGCCGAGAGCUCCCAGCCCACAGGCCGCCCAGGGACUCAUCAGAACCUUCACGGCGUCCACGUCACUAAAAUGGGCUGGUGCGGAAAUGGCCGUGCACAGCAUGACAACUGUCCUGGUAUUCAGGGCGUCGCCUCUGACAAGGGGGUCACCAGCCUCCGGGUAAACCGGGCCAGAUCCCAAAAACUCCGAGCCAAUGGAGGGGAGAGCGGGCGCUCCCCCCUUCGCCCCCUUUCCUCCCGGGGUCACGCUGGGGACUGGUGCUGGACGCUCCCUCGCAGGGGUGUGCAGGGGGGAGUCCUCUUUCCGCCGAUCGAAAUGGUUAUCAAAGUGUUUGUGGCCACAUCUUCUGGGUCCAUAGCGAUUAGGAAGAAACAGCAAGAGGUUGUGGGCUUUUUAGAAGCUAAUAAGAUCGACUUUAAGGAGCUAGACAUAGCUGGCGAUGAAGACAACCGGAGGUGGAUGAGAGAGAACGUCCCUGGGGAGAAGAAACCCCAGAAUGGAAUUCCGUUGCCCCCCCAGAUUUUCAAUGGAGAGCAGUAUUGUGGGGAUUUCGAUUCUUUCUUCUCUGCAAAAGAAGAGAAUAUUAUUUACUCGUUCCUUGGCUUGGCUCCCCCUCCAGGCUCAAAGGUGACAAAAUCGCAGGAGGAAGCAUCUUCCCUUCCCAAUGGUGAUGUGGUGGGGGAGGCGCAGAGCACCGAGGAGGGAACAGAGAAGGCUGAGGAAAGUGGAGAGAACGAGGGGCAAAAGGAGGAAGAGGAAGGUGCCGGAAACUCCGCCGAACCCCAAGAGAAGAGAGAAGAGCAGGGAGAGACGGCCACAGAGGAGGCAGAAGGCGUCCCGGAGGGGGGAGCCGAAGGGGAGGCCGCGGCCGAGGCGGAGGCUGAGGAUGCUGAGCCUGGCGCGGAGGAGGAGCCGUAACGCCCGCAGCCCGCCUUCGCAGAAACCCGAGACUCGCAGCCACAUUUCAAGGUCUCCCCACAAAACACGCUCCAUCAGAGGUGCCGCCCUAGGCUCUCGGUGCUCCAGGGCUCCCGCGCUCCCUGCCCGCCGUCGGCCUCCCUCGGCAACUGGAUGGUCCACAGCAGACGGCGGCCUUCCGGCCUCAACGCCUGGCUUCUGCUUUGUGGUUACUGUUUGCUCUCUCGGAUAGCUAUCACUAAUGCCGUGCAAAAGUUUUCCACACGUAGGCUCUCUCUGUGAUAGAAAAAUGCUUCCCUGUACGUGCCUCAUGCUACUUUAUUCGUUGUUGACUUUGACUUCACAAACAGGAGCUUAGCAGAGUGAGCAGGAAAUAAAGGAAUC